CCCGGUUGGGCAAGGCAGUGCCCAUCAACGACAAGAAGGCCCCGACACGCACACCGAACCUCCCACGCCGUACCUAGGCCGCCACCAGCCAAAUUCCUCGUUGCAGCCGCCCGCGAUAGUGACAUCAUCCCAACCCCAAUCGCGCUACCUUUGCUGUCCAGCGCGCCUCGCCCUCCCACCGCCCACGACGGCGCCGCCCAACGCCGAGUGCCCCGUCAAAAAAGAGCCUUUUCCCUAUGUCGCCCUGCUGCCCACGCCAUGGAUCUAGGCGCUUCUAGUGGCGGGGUCGACGAGGGCGGCUUCGGCGACCAGAAGUCACGGGCCCUCCCGGCCGAUCUGCCCAAGUCCCUCGACGACAGGCGACGCCCGACCGAACUCGUCCCCGAAACAGAAAUGUACGAUGGCUGGCAAGGCCAGUCGCAGUUCCUAAUCUCCCCGAUGGCUGCCAAACCCUUGAACUUCGGCAACCUGUCGCUCAACGACUCCGCCUACGACGAUGAUAUCACCAAGGGCAUCACCGAUAGCGACACGAGGCUGAUGGAGAUGAUAGCUGCCCAGGCCGCCCACUCCGCCACAAGCGGCAUCGACGAUGUGGAAGGCCUGGCCAACGACAGCAAGCUGUCUGACGACGAAAAGAAGUCGAUGCUGCAGAAGGCGCUGGCCAUGGCCGCGAGCAACGGACACGUGGACCUAGUAAAGAGGCUCCUUGCCGGCAAGCCGAAGCAAUACGUCGACGUCAACACCCCUGACGAGGACGGCACGCCGGCUUUAAUAUACGCAAGCUGUUUUGGGCACGAAACCGUUGUCAAAGCCCUCAUCGAUGCCGGAGCCGAUGUGGAAAAGCAGGAUCGUAACCAUUGGAGCGCCCUGACGUGGGCCAUGACCAACUGCCACAAGGCCAUUGCGAAGCUGCUCCUGGACAGCGGCGCAUCGCCCGAGGCCAAGACGUCAUCUGGACGCACGCCCUUCGACUUUGUCGCCCCCGAUAGCGACAUGUCCUUCUAUCUGCACGACAGCGGCUAUAACAUCGGCAACGCGGGCGUGACAGAUGACUUUUACAGCCCCGGCAUGUCCCAGGACCGCUUCGAGGAGGAGAUGGCCGAGAACGAGCUCAGGAGGAGAAUGAUGAUGGAGAGCGCACGCGAUCUCGAGGUGGACCUAGGGAAUGUGGGAAUGGACGACCAGCCCGAGCCCAUGGACGAGUUCGAGGAGGAUCAGACCGAGUUCGACUGGCAGAGGUGCAACCACGACCAGAUGUUCGUCUUCCAGGAGAGUGAGCUCGAUCGCAUACUCGACAUCAUAAUCACCAACAUGACGCCGCAGCGGACACCGUCACAAAAGCCAGUCCCCGCAAACAUGAUUUUCCUGAGUGCAAGGUAUGCGCACUACCACUCGAGCCCGGAGCUACUUGCGAAGCUGCUCAUCACGGCCAUGGAUAAGAUCAACGACGUUGUGGAAGACCACCAGUGGGACAUGACCAUAUUGGCCUUUUGGAUAUCCAACGCGACGCUGCUGCUCCACUACCUGAGAAAAGACGGCGGCCUGCUCGAGGCCACGUCCGAGUUCCAAGCGCAGCUGGCUGAACUUAUUAACGAGAUUUUUAUCCUGAUUGUGCGAGACGCCGAAAGACGGCUGGACAAGGUCCUGGACCCGGCCAUGUUAGACCACGAGACAAUCCCUGGGUUCGAGAACAUCGCAUUCCAAAACGAAUGGAAGCUUUUCAAGCGGAAAAAGGAGGUCAAGGAGGAGCCCCCCGAGAGGCGGUACCGCCCGCCCUCGCCAAAGCAGAGAGCCAAGCCGGCGCCGCGGAACGUGACAUCGUUGCUUUCAUCCACUCUGUUUGUGCUGGAUCUCUAUGACAUACACUCGGUCAUCACGUGCCAGAUCGUGUCACAGCUGCUCUACUGGUUGGGAGCCGAGCUCUUCAACCGCAUCAUGUCAAACCGCAAGUACCUGGCGCGGACAAAGGCGAUGCAGAUCCGCAUGAACAUAUCGGUGCUGGAGGACUGGGCGCGGACCAACAACCGGACCCCGGACCAUUACGAGCACGGCGAGACAAAGUCGAGCGGCGAAAGCACGGCCGAUGCGUCGCGCAGACACCUUGGCCCCGUGAUCCAGCUGCUCCAGUGGCUACAGUGCUUCUCAUCGCUGGUCCAGGACGACCUCGAGGCGCUCGUGGGCACGCUCCAACAGCUUCGGUCACUCAGCCCACAGCAGCUCAUUCACGCGGCAAACCACUACCACCCAGAGGUUGGCGAGAAAGGUCUCCCCAAGAGCGCGCUCGAGUACCUGAACGCGAUCCAAAAGGAGGCGACCCUCCGCCGCGAGAGACAGCGGGACAGGCUAUCGCAGCAACUAAAGCCCGUCGAUGUUCCGCCCGGGUCGCCACCAAAGAGCGGGACGAGAGCAGGCGGAAAAGGAGGGGAGACUCCCGGGAGCAUGGCGCAUGGGUCUCCAGACGGAGAGGAUGAGUUGGAUGAAGAGGACGCACCCGCGCACCUGCUGUUGGACCCGGCCGUCAUGCUGCCGUUCUCGCUACCCUCGGUGACGGACAUGCUGGUCACGUAUGGGGCUGGGUUCGGCGGGGUCAACAGGGAGCGGGAAAGGAAGUACAUCCCCACGGUUCCGCCCGAGUUCCUGGCCAAACUCGAGCUCAGCCAAGGGGGUAAGCGGCCCAUGUUUGUGGAGAAGGAUUGGGAGAACGAGGAGGUGUAGAAAUGAAGGGCGCUUUUGUGUUUGAUGUGUGUGAAUACAGGCGGGGACAAAGAGGGAAGGAAAGAAGACAGGACCUUCUCUGAUUGCAUCAGGGGCGGCUGGCAUCUGUGGGCGUUUCUGCCUAGUUUGCCCAUAGAUAAACCUUAAGGAUUUCCUUGGCAUCGUGUCAUCUCGAUUGGGGGCGAAAGACAUCCAUUUGUGUUGACUACUAGAUUUUUGCUUAACCUUUUUUUUUUUUCCAAUAUUCGGUGUAAUUUUUUCUUUUUUUCUUUGUCUUGCAUCAUCCCACGCAUCAUUCCACCGUUGUCCCAAAGUUAUCAAUUUAAUACACGUCAACACAUGCAG